AUAUAAAUAAAUUUGAUUUGAUUUGAUGGUGACGUUGGCUUACUAAAUUCAUGCGUAGAUACCUCGCCAGGUAUAACGGUCGUCUCGCAUCGAUAGUUGUUUUUGACGAAAAUGAAAACGUGUCAGUUUGUCACUCACGAUGAUGUAAUAAUAACAUGUUCAACUACUUGGCUACAUUGACUCGAAUCGAGGUUGUGCCUUAAGAUUUUGAGAAAAUUAACAACCAAUGAAUCAUUUGUACAUUUGUACCAAACUCCGGUCUGGUCUGUUAGGUCUGUUUCGUUAGCGUUCCCGGAAGUCUCGUGAUGUAGCACCUCUGGGUUUAGAAACUCUGUAAGUCCAGUUUGAGACCAUAGGACUGCAGCGGACGCCCUUUGCGACUAUACUGUCGAUGGCGAACGAUACGGCAACGUCGGCUAGCGGGAGCAAGGAGAAGAUGGCGGAGGAAGAUACAAAUGCAGAGAAAUUCAAGGAGAAGGCGAAUAAUUACUUUAAAGAGCGAGACUAUGAGAAUGCGAUCAAAUACUACACGGAGGCGUUGGAGCUCAAACCGUGCAGCGCCAUCUACUUCUCCAACCGCAGCCUGGCAUACCUGCGGACAGAGUGCUAUGGCUACGCCCUGGCCGAUGCCACCAAGUGUCUGGAGAUAGACCAGAACUACAUCAAGGGUUACUACCGCCGAGCCACGUCCAACAUGGCCCUGGGCAAGUUCAAGGCUGCACUCAAAGACUACGAGACGGUAAGACAUGACAAGGUUAGUCGAGACAGGAAAGUUAAAGUUAGACUCAGCAAGAUGACAGGAGACGAGGCUUAA